GCACUGCGCCUGCGCCUGACGUCGCUUCCGUUUCUCUUGGCAACAGAGGCAAACUGAGAAGAGCUGGAGGAGCCGCAGCAGACAAAAUGGCUCAAGUUGAAGAAACACUAACGAGAAUUGAAUCCAGUAAAGGUGUGAUUGGAACCAUACUUGUCAAUGCAGAAGGAAUUCCCCUCAGAACUACUUUAGAUAACUCCACAACUGUUCAAUAUGCAGAACUUCUGAGCCAGCUCUCGACGCUGGCUAGGACCACAGUCAGAGAUAUUGACCCCCAGAAUGACCUCACCUUCCUGCGCAUCCGCUCCAAGAAACAUGAGAUCAUGGUUGCACUAGAGAACAACUAUCAGCUGAUAGUCAUCCAGAACCCAUGUGAAUAACUGGCAGGCAUUUCUAUGGGAGUCAGCCUUUGUCACAUGCUGGCGUUUUAUCUGGGGAAAAGAUUUUUCCUCUGUGGUAUGUUGCUCCAUGUACUGCAUAAUCCCUCUUUUUCUACUUCGCGUCCAGAGUGUGUUGCCUUUAUCUUUGUUUUACUUUACAGGGUGGGGAAGCAAAAAUGUCCCAUUGACAAGUUUGAAUGUCCGGCCCAAACGGUGAGGGUAAUCAAAACAAUAAUUAAAAUCAAAGUUCCUUACCUUUAACCAAUCUUUUUAGUAUUUGUCAGACCUUGGUGCAUUGUGAAGUUAGCAAGCAACAAGCAAAACGCAACAGGGUUUGUGAUCUCCUGGAUGCCCAAAUCCCUCAGAAGGACAUUGCCAAGAUUGUUGGCAUCAGUGAGAGGACCAUUCACCACAUCCAGCAUGCCAGACAAUCCCGUUUGGGCACCAAGAGAUCUCCAGAUGGUCCUGGGGGUCUUGGGCUCAGAUGGCAAUAAGAUGCCCCGCUACUUCUUCAAGCCAGAUCAGAAAAUUGGGGCUGAUGUGUACUACAAAGUUCUGAGAUACAUCGUUUUGCCCUGGCUGAAGGCCACCUACCCUGACAACAACUAUGUGUGGCAGCAAGAUGGGGCUCCUGCUCACACAUCAAUUAAGGUCCAAAAGUUCUGUGAGUAGAAUAUGAUGAACUUCUGGCCCAAAGGCAUUUGGCCCCAGAGCUCACCUGAUCUAAACCCCUGGAUUUUUUCUGAUGGGGCGCCAUUGAGUUGAGGACUAAUGCCACCCCUCAUGCCAAUAUGGAUUUACUUAAGGCUGCAUUCUCCAGGGAAUGGGAGGCCUACCCCAAGGAGGAUAUCAGGAGGGUCUGUUCCUCUUUCAGAGGCUGUAUCGAGGCCUUCAUCAUGGCUGAUGGAGGACAGAUUGAAUAAACAUGCUCUGAAAGCUUUAAAUUUGUGUUCUUCAAGAAAUCAGUUCAAAAUUCCAAAGAAUAAAAAAGUUAUACCCAUUUGUAGUUGUUUUUACCUGACGGGACAUUUUUGCUUCCCCACCCUGUAACUAUUUCUUUCAUUUUAUUUCUUUGUCUUGAUAUUAAAUAAGUUUGUGAAAUAAAGCUGCUUGUCAAUGUGCAAUACGACAUCAUUCAAUUUAGGUCUGUUAACGUCCAGAUGAGUGACAAAGUGACAAAUUCUAUCAGCAACCUAAAUUACAGACAUAGCAAAUGUGCAUACAGAUGUUCUGCAUUAUAAAAUCCAGCAUAACUCCUCCCGAUCAGAGGUCUAUUAAAAGAAGGUAAAAGAAAA